AUGAUCAAACUCAGUCGAAUGAGCAAAAAGCAGCGCAAACGCCUUGCCGACUUAUCGACCUCUCUACCCCCAGAACUCAUCCUCCGUCUUGGCGCAUUCCUCGACCAGAAAACCCUCUGCAGCUGCGUGCGUGUCAGUAGACGGUACAACAUUCUCCUCACUCCGCUCCUGUAUGACAACGCAAUCAUCUACAAAGACAUCUGGGUCAAGCGAGAGACCUCGGAAGAACUGGAGUACCGGUACCCUGAAGUGCCAAUUCCCAAACCGGGACGCGGAUACGCCGACUACGUCUUCAACACAAAGAGCCUUGCACAAUGGAGCUCGCCCGUGCUCCUGGAGUACUGGUCCACGAAGCCGCUGGAGAUGAUCAUGUACCCGUCUCUCGAGUAUUACACUGAGAUGGGGGAUAUCGGCUGGACGAUCCUGCAUGCGGCGGCCAAGGUUGGGAAUGAAGCCAUUGUGUCUAUGCUCCUAGAUAGAGGGGUUGGUGUCGGUACGGAGACGUUUCGCGGCGAGACCGCGCUGCACUUUGCGUGCACUGGUCGGCAGUUGGGUAUGAUAAAGUUGUUGCUGGCUCGUGGUGCUAACCCGCUGGUCCACGCCGACGAUGGAAGAGCCCUCCUGUAUCACGCUAUGCCUGCUGGAGAGCAAGUAUUCCUGUUAAUCUAUGCGGCAUUCAGAGCCGGCGGCGGCGACGUCUCCUCGCGCGGUUCCCGAGCACAAACGUAUCUGCAGUUGGCAUGGAAAUCGAUGAAGAGAGAUGUCGUGGAUAUGCUGCUCGGCGAUGGCGCAGACCCCUCAGUUGAAGAUAGCGACGGACUUGACUUUUUGCACUACAUAGGUGCCGGGCCAGAAGAUCUGAUAAAGACCGUGAUUCGUGACCUUGACGAACGAGGCGCCGUCAACUUCGACAAGCCCGACAGAGAGAACGCAAGACCACUACAUGCAGCGAUCAUCCGAGACAGGCUAGAAAUAGUGCACAUGCUCAUUGAGCGUGGCGCGGACAUCCUCUCCCGCCAGUUCCGGGGCCUUAAUGCACUAGAGCUCGCAGUUGACAGCGGGAGCAGGUCAUGUAUCUGGAUGUUCCUUGAAACGCACCCACACAUCCGCGUCGAGGAUCACAGACUCAGCGACGCAGAUGCAGAGAUGAUUGCGUCGGUAGAGUACAACCUCGACGAGGUGACACGCAGCUAUGGCGUCCUAGACAUCCAAACCCUAGUGCUAGUCGCACGGCUCCGAACAACGCAAAAGCUCAACAUCGACAGGCGAAACCUCAGCCACAAGGCUGCCCUGAUCCUAGACCAGAUCUUCAAGCACGGCCAGAAUGCACUACAUCCCGCUCUCCCCGUUAUCCGCGCUGUCCUCGACGCUGGAAUCGACGUGGAUAUCCGGGUCUACCCUAAGUACUAUACACGGCUCGAGACAUUCCUCAUCGCGACUGUCCCAGCGAGAUCCCAUCCGGGAGCCUACUACGAGGUUCUGCAGAUGCUCCUUGAUGCAAGUCGCGCUGCUAGCACCAUGCACGAAGAGUCAGGCAACACAAUACUCCACGUCGCCGUGACAAAAGGCGACCCGAAGAUCAUUCAAAUGAUUCUGACCAAGCUAGACGGGGAUGGUGAGAGCAAGGCUGUACACACGAAGAACAAACAGGGCUACACCCCACUCCUAUGCACCAUUGGAUCCCGCAACAGUGAGCCCAUCCUACAGGCCCUGAUUGGCGCGGGUGCGUCAGUCACAGAUACCAGUAAAGACGGCCGAAGCGCACUACAUCUUGCGGCUAGUAUCGGAGACCAGCUUGGUGCGGUAGCACUUCUGAUAAGCAAACGAGCGGAUGUAAAUGCGCUUUGUGCUUCAGGGUAUCCGGCUGUGCAUUAUGCUGCGGUGGCUGGGUGGGAUGAGGCGGUUGGGGUGCUUGUUGCGGCUGGGGCGAGGGCGCACCGGGGAUGCUUGGAUUGCGAGGCGCGGAUGAAGCCAUGGCUGGUAAAGGAGGCGAGGGAGACGGUUCUAAGGGAGCUGACCGGGAAUGGCAGGGAUGGAGAAUACUCACCUGGAUUACUUUCGGUUUUCUCAUGA